ACUAAAACAAGUCAAAUUCAAAUUGGACAAUCAAAGUAUAGAGUUUGAUGAGAACGGGGACCCACCGGCUCAUUACGACAUUGUACACUGGGACUGCAAAAAURAAACAUGUUCUAAUGUGGACAUUGGCUCAUACCUUACCAACCCCACACCAAGCUUCCAUAUUAAUGAAACUCUCAUACAUUGGUUUGAGGGCACAAAGGUUAGUACUACAUUCUUCAAAAGCAUGCAAGUAUACAUUAUACACCAUCAAAACACUGCGUGGUAUUCAAAUUAGUGAUMACUGAUGCUGGUCUUUUCCACAGUGAUAUUUUAAGCUGUUCCUACUUCUUGCAGGCUCCAGUUCUGCAGUGUUCUAGUGAGUGUAAAUCUGGCUCCAGAAGAGUUCAAACUGGCUUCCACACCUGCUGUUUUGAGUGUGAGAUCUGCGCUGAUGGAAAGUACAUCAACCACACAGGUACUGAGCAACAUGACUUUGUUUUUGCCUGGAGUUUUUCCUUGACAGGUCAAUCGGUCAGAAAGAACACCUGGCACCAUUUAUUACCUAUGAAUCACAUGACAAAAAUUGUUAUCUGUACACAUAUUAGAAUCUGUCACCCAGACUUUCUCUUCCCUUCCUCUCCCAACAGCCGAUCCCUACAGCUGCAUAGCAUGCCAAAAGGAUGAGUGGGCCAGGAUUGGCAGUACCUCAUGCACUAAGCGCUCUAUAGAGUAUCUGCAUUCUGAUGCUCCGUUGGCUAUUUUUCUGAUGUUCCAGGCCAGCUCCAUCAUCCUCAUCUCAAUGGCCAUCUUGGUUCUGUUCCUUUAUAAGAAUGACACCCCUGUAGUAAAGUCAGCCGGUGGGAGGCUCUGCUUCUUCAUGUUGUGUUGCUUGUCCAUGUCCUCCUCCAGCGUCUUCCUCUACAUUGGCAAACCCACAGAGGCCAUCUGCACCUUACGCAAUUCUGUGUUUAUAGUCUUCUAUGUGGCAUGCCUGUCCUGUCUCGCUGUUCGCUCCUUCCAGAUUGUCUGUAUCUUCAAAAUGGCCGCCAAACUGCCCAAAGCUUAUGAUUUCUGGGUCAAGCAUGGUGGUCAGUGGAUCACUAUUAUCACAACCACUGUCAUAAUGCUGUUUCUGUGCAUUUUGUGGAUAGCCAUUGAAGGACCCAGGCCCAAUCAGAUAACAUUGUAUAGCGAGGUAAUUUUGGAUUGCACAUAUGGAGUCAUCCCCAUCUUUUAUGUGAUAGUACUGUUCGCCGCUUUGCUGGGUAUUGCAUGCUUUAGUUUUGCCUACAUGGGAACUGACCUGCCCAAAAACUACAACGAAGGUAAAUCUAUCACUUUCAGCUUGCUUAUCUUCUUCAUCUCUUGGGUCAUCUCUCUGACGGUGCACCUGUCUACCAAAGGAAAGCACACACUCUCCGUCAAUCCUUGCUCUGUGCUGUGCAGUCUGUAUGGUAUACUCUUUGGUUACUUCUUCCCUAAAUGCUAUAUCAUUAUCGUUACACCUGAGCAUAAUACAGCAGCCUAUUUUCAAACUGCAAUCCAGAGUUACACACGUCAACCUAGAUAAUGUACAGAUGUUGAGACAUAUGACUUGUGUGGCACUAGAACUGCCACUACUGUGUUUUGUGAUUUGUUUCUUUUCAGUCUAUAUCAAUAUAUUGUAAUCCCAUACCGUUUUCCU